AUGAAAUCUUUGUGGCCGCAGAGGAUUCUAAUCCUAUUAUUCUGUUUUAUUUCUCCUCCAAAAUUCCAGGUGAAUGCUAUCAAAUGUGAUUGCCGAACUAAAGAAGAAGAAGACAAAACAAGAGAUCAUCUUCGUUUAGUGAUACGAAUUUCGGCAUUAAAACUAUUACCAACUGUAAGGGAGGUUAUAUAUCAAAGUGGAGCUGAGAAGAUAUAUUUACUUGAUCGAGCAAAAUACGAGGUUCUAAAAGGUCUACGAGGCAACUAUGGCAAUUUACUCUCACAAACUGACAUCAUACCAAGUUUGGAAAUCCUCAUAAAUUCACUACGAGAUCUCGUCAAUGAUGAUAAGAAUAACACAAUAAAUGAAAUUCGUGCAAUUGUGAACGAUAGUGUGACGAAGUUCCACAAGACUGUCUUACCGUCAGCAUUUUUAUGUUUUGCCCUUGGCACAUGCAGGACAGCUAACACUUUUUAUAUGGAAUGCAUGAGAAAUAAUGUGCAACAUUGGAUGACGUUCUUUGGUGACGAACCUCAGAAAAUGACGAACAAGCUUUCUGAUGCAUUGUUUAUUUAUCGUCGAGUGGAUAACAUCCUUCAAGCAUUGCAUAACGCUCUAAUCACUGCUGAAGAUCAGGUGACAUCUGAAUGUGCACGACGAUUUACGGAUGUAACUACAUGUUCGAAAUGUCUUACCGAUGAUAGUGUUGGAUACUGUAGAAGUUCCUGUCAGCGAGCUGCAUUUGGUUGUCUGGAGAAUCUGGCACGAAACUGGGAGACAAAUAUAGAUCAGCUGUACGAGCUUACAAGAAAUUUUGAAGAAGGCUUUCAACAGCUCGUCCAAGGUAUCAUGGAUGGAAUGCGUAAGCUUGUUGAAUCAAAAGCUCCGAAGCUGGCCAAAGUUGUUGUGAGCAAAUGUGGUCCACUGCUCAAAAAUAAUGCUUAUAUGACGCCAUCCACUUUGAACAAACCUCAGAAGCCUAAAGAAGUCAACGCAAAGACGAAGGAACUUGUUGAACAGUUACGCACUUUGCGGAAGUGUUGGGCGCAGAUUGCCGACCGGACGUGUUCGGAGGCUUCGGAGCAGUCGUUUUGUUGGAAUGGGACCAACAUAGUUAGAUUGCAAGUUGCUGACGACUUCAGUAUCGGUACAAAAGAUGUUCGCCCUCGACCCAAGGAGACGUGGCUGGAAUCAUCCGGUCAUCCAUACGAUACGGAUGACGAAGAUUUUAUCGGCGGCUCCGGAUCGGGGAUGCCAGUCGAGGAGGUGCAUGACGAUGCGACUGUCUAUACGAUAGCACCUGUUCACACAUCACCAGCCACAUCACCACCGAUGAUGCCGCCUGUACAUGUGGAGGAUGUUACUCGAGUUUUCCCUCAGGCAUUCUCCUGGACAGCUUUUAGCAUUUUACUAUUAGCUGUUCUGUUGUUCCACUGA